AUGGAGGCAGCUUCCGCACGAAUGGCGGCACGAGAUCGUUUCUCCAUGAUGGGAGAUCCGGGACCCUCCCCUCUCCAACGAUAUAUUCAGCAAGCAUGCUCCCCCGAUAAUUAUGAGCCAAAUCUUGCUAUGAAUCUCGAAAUUUCCGAUCUUAUAAAUUCGAAAAAAGGAAGUGCGCCACGAGAAGCAGCUAUUGCAAUUGUUAAUUAUAUCAAUCAUCGCAACCCAAAUGUUGCAAUAUUGGCACUUUCCUUGUUGGAUAUUUGUGUGAAGAAUUGCGGAUAUCCAUUUCACUUGCAGAUCAGUACAAAGGAGUUCUUGAAUGAAUUAGUGAGGAGAUUUCCGGAACGACCACCGCUCAGACCGAGUAAAGUUCAAAUGAAAAUUUUAGAAGCUAUUGAGGAGUGGAGGGGGACAAUAUGUCAGACUUCGAGGUACAAAGAGGAUUUAGGUUUCAUUAGGGAUAUGCAUAGGCUAUUAAGUUAUAAGGGAUAUGUCUUCCCGGAGGUUAGGGUAGAGGACGCCGCUGUGCUCAACCCGAGUGAUAAUUUAAAAUCUGCGGAGGAGAUGGAAGAAGAGGAAAAGGAAGCACAAUCUGCGAAGUUACAAGAAUUAAUUCGUCGUGGUGGACCGGAGGAUUUGCAGGAAGCCAACAGGUUAAUGAAAAUUAUGGCAGGAUACGAUACCAGGUCGAAAACGGAUUAUCGAGCGAAAGCCGCCGAGGAAGUUGGGAAAGUUCAACAGAAAGCCAGAUUGUUGGAAGAACGACUCGAGGAAUUCAAGCCUGGAGAUGUUAUGACGGAAGGCGAUGUUUACGAAGAACUUGCUUCAGCUCUUCAGAGUGCGCAUCCUAAAAUACAGAAAAUGUGUGAAGAGGAAUCGGACGAUCACGAAGCUGUCGCAAAGCUCUUGGAAAUCAACGAUAGUAUUCAUCGUACAGUGGAGCGAUAUAAGCUUAUGAAGAAGGGUGAUGUGGAUGCAGCUUCAAAGAUUGCCAAGGGAACCCUUGGUACUAGUACAGGGGUUAGUAAGAAUGCUGCAAAUGAACUCUCCUUAAUCGAUUUUGAUGGUGAACCGGAGACUAAUGGAAGCUCUUCUACGAAUAAUCCCUCGGCGAGCAUUUCUCAACCAGGUGGUUUAGAAGAUGACUUACUUGGGUUAUCUAUGGGGAAUACUUCAUAUGGCGAAGGCGGUGGCAUCUCUCUUGGAUUUGGGAACAAUACCAAUAUCCCCGGCCCAGCUUUAUUAUCUUCAACGACAGAAAACAGCACUGCGAAAGGACCUACGCCAAGCAUAUCUCCGGCACCUUCAAACUUACCUGUGAAACCCGAUUAUUCUGCGUUUUCCGCAUUUGGAAACUCACAACCACCAUCGAAACCAGUGACUCCACAACCAUCUCUCUUACAGCAACAACAACUACUGCAACAGCAACAAGCCGCAGCUUCGAGACCUCCCUCGAAUAUCGAUCCCUUUGCCGCUCUAACAUCGCCAUCAAGGCAAUCUACUCCUCAGCAGUCUGCCUCCAUGUUUGAUUUCGCGAAUCCUAAACCCCCUAUAUCUCAUGCAGCGAAUGCUUCGGCCCCUGCAGCAGAUGAUGAUGAAUGGGCAUUUUCAUCUGCCUUACCCGAGGGUCUUCCAUCUACUAACGAUUUAACCAUUAAUAAUACCAACCUCAAAAUAUCCUUAAAUGCUACUCGCGAACCUAUCACACCUGAUGUUAUCACUCUUUCCAUUGCAUUCUCAAAUAAUUCCAACGAGCCAAUAUCUGAUUUAACCUUUCAAGCCGCAGUCACUAAGGGUUACACACUCAAAUUACAACCUCAAAGUGGUCGAAGGCUCAGUCCCCGUCAAAACUCGGGCAUCACCCAAAAGAUAUACCUGCAAGGUGUAGAACACGGGAAAGGUGAUCAGGAAUCUCUUGAUGGAGAUGAUGAUGAGAUGAAAGUUGUAUCCAAGGAGUUGUAA